AUGGCCGACAGCUUGAAGAUUCAGAACCUUUCCCUCAAUGACUCCCAGCACGCUCCCAAUGGACCUCCUGCGGCAAACGGACGUUCUGCUUACAUCCCGCCACACCUUCGUGGACGUAACGUGAGUGCUGGACCCAGCCCCAGCCCUAUGGAUGGUGCUGGUGCUGGUGCUGGCGCUGGCCCUGGUGGUCCCCCAGGCCCUACCCCUGCCGGUGCUUGGGGAAACGGACCUCGUGCCCCCCCUCGCAAUUAUCGUGAGAACAAUGCAAAUGGUACCCAAGAACCCAAACGACCUGUGUUCGACCCAAAUGCUUACGGUAACCCAGGACAUGGACCCUCAGGAAGCUACAGCGGUGGCGGCGGUGCCAGUGGCGGUCAUGCUCGCGGCUCCGGCGAUGGACAGUGGCGCGAUGGAAAACACAUUCCUGGACCUGCUAAUCCUCGCUUGGAGCGUGAACUGUUCGGCGUCCCUAACGACCCUUCAAAGCAACAGACUGGUAUUAACUUCGCCAACUACGAUGAUAUUCCCGUCGAGGCCUCUGGUCAGAAUGUUCCCGAACCCGUCAACACAUUCACCAACCCACCUUUGGACGACCACUUGAUCGCCAACAUCGCUUUGGCUCGCUACACCACUCCCACUCCCGUCCAGAAAUACUCCAUUCCCAUUGUCAUGAACGGCCGUGAUUUGAUGGCUUGUGCCCAGACUGGUUCUGGAAAGACUGGUGGUUUCCUCUUCCCCAUCCUUUCUCAGGCAUUUCAGACCGGCCCUUCUGCUGCUCCUGCUCCCGCAGCUGGCGGAAACUUCUACGGCCGUCAGCGCAAGGCUUACCCUACCUCCCUCAUCUUGGCUCCUACUCGUGAGUUGGUCUCUCAGAUCUACGAUGAGGCUCGCAAAUUCGCCUACCGCUCCUGGGUUCGCCCUUGCGUGGUCUAUGGUGGUGCGGAUAUCGGCUCUCAGCUUCGUCAGAUCGAGCGUGGCUGUGAUUUGCUCGUUGCCACUCCUGGCCGUCUUGUCGACUUGAUCGAACGCGGCCGCAUUUCCCUCGUCAAUAUCAAGUACCUUGUUCUUGAUGAAGCCGAUCGCAUGUUGGACAUGGGUUUCGAGCCUCAAAUCCGUCGUAUCGUUGAAGGUGAAGAUAUGCCUCAAGUUAACGACCGCCAAACACUCAUGUUUUCUGCCACUUUCCCUCGUGACAUCCAGAUGCUUGCUCGCGACUUCUUAAAAGAUUACGUUUUCCUUUCCGUCGGUCGUGUCGGUUCCACCUCCGAGAACAUCACUCAACGUAUUGAGUACGUUGAAGACCAUGACAAGCGCUCCGUGCUUUUGGACAUUCUUCACACCCACGGUACCACUGGUCUGACCCUUAUCUUCGUCGAGACCAAGCGUAUGGCCGACUCUCUGUGCGACUUCCUCAUCAACCAGAACUUCCCCGCCACUGCCAUUCACGGUGAUCGUACUCAACGUGAGCGUGAGAGGGCUUUGGAAAUGUUCCGUAACGGACGUUGCCCCAUCUUGGUUGCCACUGCUGUCGCAGCUCGUGGUCUUGAUAUUCCAAAUGUCACCCACGUUGUCAAUUACGACCUUCCCACUGACAUUGACGACUAUGUCCACCGUAUCGGUCGUACCGGUCGUGCUGGUAACACCGGUAUUGCAACCGCUUUCUUCAAUCGUGGUAACCGUGGUGUUGUCCGUGAUCUCAUUGACCUUCUCAAGGAAGCUCACCAGGAUGUGCCUUCUUUCUUGGAAAACAUCGCACGGGAAGGUAGUGGAUACGGUGGCCGUGGCGGUCGUGGUGGUCGCGGCCGUGGUAGCAACGCUACUCGUGAUGUGCGUCGCAUGGGUGGUAGCAUGGGUGGACCUCCAUCUUACGGUGGCAGUGGUGGAUUUGGCGGCAACGCUAGUUAUGGCGGUGGUGGUGCUGCUGCUAACUGGGGUGCAAGCAGCGGAGGCUAUGGCGGCAGUGCUCCCUACAGCGGUGGUUACGGUGGUGGUGGUUAUGGAAACCCCUCUGGUGGCCCAACCGGUCCAUCUUCCUGGUGGUAAAUUUACUGUGGUCUCUCGACGAGGCUAUUACGGUCUACGAGUCUUUCCCGUGUCCUUCUCAUCGGCGGAUAUCGUCAGAUCAUCAUUUCCCUUGAGCUUUUCUUUCCUCUUGGGACCGGCUUUGUCAUGACUGCAAC